UUAAAGGAUACAAACGGAAAAAAGUGUUGUGGAGUUUUGCCUGUCUUUCCUGGAAAGUACUGGACGUAACUGAAUAUUAUAAUGAGGGAAUUUAGACGGAAUAAUGCAUUUCCCUCAAUCAUUUGACAAACUCAUUCGCUUUGGAUUAUGACAUUAUAUAAUUUUUCUACGAAGACGAGUUGGAAUUACUGUUAGUGGUUUCUUUACAUCCGUUUUACAUAGUUUUAUUAAGUAUUAUUCUGUCUUUGUAAACUAUUAGUAAUGUAACACGUUUUAACCGUUUGUUUGUCACUCUUGAUAAUUUGUGACUCGCUGCUGUUGGAUCAAAUUACGCUAAAACCAUUUCCAAACCUACUCGCCUAUCCAAUGUCAUAAUUCUGGAGUUAUUUGUAUUUAUGUACAGUAGCAGUAUAAUUGCAAUGAAAAAUCUUCAGGUACAUGUCAUUUUGUUGACUCUGACGUGGAUUCAUGCAUCUGACUUGAAGUCUUCCAUGGUCCUGAAUUACACAGGAGCAGAAGAAGGAAAUGCACAAUUACAACCAAACACUUUUGUCAAAAAGUACACAAAUGAUAUACAAUCAUAUAGAAGAUCUGCAAGGUUAUCCACUUCCAGGAACACAGAUAUACUCAGGAAGCCUCAGAAUGAUCAGAACGUGGAGUCCUCACGACCCCCAGCCAGGAGGCUCCUGAAAGGGCAAAGACCAGUUCCACACAGGAAACCCAGUGUAACUGACAGCAGUCCUGCUCAAGAACCUAAUUUUCAAUCUACUCCACUGGGCGCCACUAGCUCCAUUAACAUCUUGGCUGGCUUUGCAGGUAAAAACCGUGUGCUGGUCAUUUCGGCUCCCAACGACUCUGAUGGCUAUUACAGGUUAAUGAUGAACUUGCUCAAGCCUGAUGUGUACUGCGAGAUGGCGUACAGACACAUGCAGCAGAUCAUAAUGUUUCAUGACAAGGGGAAGAUGGGAGGCAAGGUGAGACGAGUUAGCAAUCAGGGAUCUCUGGUGGAGGAGCCGCUGGAUCCAGCCCUGGUGCCAAGACUUAUGGGCUUCCUGAAGUUGGAGGAUGGUAAGUUUGGAAUGGUGCUUCUAAGAAAAACCCUUCAGGUAGAGGAAAGAUACCCAUACCCUGUUCAGCUGGAGGCAAUUUAUGAAGCCGUAGACCAGGCACCUAUGCGUAGACUGGAGAAGGCCAGGCAAAAGGGCUUUGUGCAAAAGUGCAAGACUGCUGGAGUUGAGGGCCAAGUGGUGCAGUCUGUUGGCUCAAAUGCAGUUGGUUUGCAACCACAGGUGAACAUGGCAGAAAACACAAGGCGACACAAGGUAAAACCGGUCCCUCAGCCCACCCAGAUGACUCAGGCACAAAUAUCAACUACCAUCAGCACUACUACAAUGACUACAACCACAAAACGUACUACCUUGAAAACUACAACCUCAAAACCUACUAUAACAACCACUGCACCCUCUACCACCAUUUUCCCCUCAACAACAACUACUAUUACUACAAAUAUACCCACAACAGUGGGGCAAACACAUCCACACACAACCGUACCCUGGCACACAUCUGUUCCCAAUACCUCUGAACGUGUCUACCGGUCCUCACCACGAAACCAUCUGAGGGACACAACUACUCAUCUCUCUGUUACCUCAAACUUCUACAAACAACGUAAAGAAAAAUACCCAGACCACACGCAAAAGAUUUCAACUGCAAUCUCACCAACACAAGCAUCCAUACAGAAGCCCAAGGACAAACUGCCUGUGGUGAAACAUGGAUGGAGUAAAAAGCUUAGUCAGCACAGCAGAGAACGUGACACACAGAGGCCCACUGCUAAUAAACCAGAGACGGAACUUAUGACCAGCCAAAAGGGGAAAACUAAACCUGACAGUGCCGACAGGGGGAAGAAGAUGGAUAGACCUGAAAAGCCUUUAAGGAAGAUACCUGCAGGGAAAAAAGACUCAAAAGUGACUAAGGAGACAAAUGUUAGUGUUCAAAAUAAAAAAGUGCAAAAGCCAGAUGUCUUUGAAGAAAGGGCUGUUGUGGAUCAGGCAGCGAAUCCCAAGAAAUCGUUAGACACUUUUUUGAGUUAUUUUCAGAGAAGACGACGACUCAUGAUAAUUACUGCUCCAGAUGAGCAGAAUCAUAUGUACAGUGAACAGAGGGAUGAGUACCUGGAGCAAGUUUGUGAUAUGGCACUACGUAAAAUUUCCAUCAUCAGCAUCUUUGGGCCCCUCACAAACAGUACCAUGAAGAUUGAACACUACCAGACAGAACAGGAUAAGCCCUUGCGGGGCCUGCCGGACAGUGACCUUAUCAACCAGGACCUCAUCACAGCAUUUCGGAAGCAUUUUGGGAUGAUUUAUAAUGAUUUCAACAUAGUGUUGACUGACUUUGACAUGAAAGUCAAGCAACGAUAUGAAGUGCCGAUUGUCAUGAAAGCAGUGUUUGACUACAUUGACACAUUGUCAACCCGCAUUAAAGAAAUAGAACAGCAGAGGAAACAUGCAGUUAUGUGCAAGAAAGAAGAUAAAUCAAGAUCUCUCGAGGACUUCCUAUCUAGAUUCCGUUGGAGGCGGAGACUGUUUGUAAUAUCCACCCCUACUGAUGAAGAAUGGGCCUAUCAGCAACAACUCUACACCAUUAAUAGCCAAGCCUGCAAUCUGGGCCUGCGUCAUAUAUCUCUAUUGAAACUUGUUGGAAAAACCCUGGAUGACACGAGUGGAGUCCUGGAGCUUUAUCCCAUAAAUGGAAGUGUAUCAGUGGACCGUGAGGACCUGUCUGCCUCGCUGGUGCAGGACAUUAGGAAUUACUUCCAGAUCAGCCAAGAAUAUUUCUCCAUGCUGCUUGUCGGGAAAGAUGGCAAUGUGAAAUCCUGGUAUCCCUCCCCUAUGUGGUCCAUGUCAAUCAUUUACGAGCUGGUCGACUCCAUGCAGCUUCGUAGGCAGGAGAUGGCCAUCCAACAGUCUCUCGGCAUGCGCUGCCCUGACGAUGACUAUAGUCAUCAUGAUGGUUACCAUGAGGGCUAUCAUCGUGGUUACGGAUAUUAAGAACAGAGGGGAAUGUCUUAGAGCCUGUGCACUCUCUACUAGGAAAAGUGUGAAUAGUUUCAAAUGUCAGAAAACCUUGCCUUUGCGUUUUUCUUACUAACUACGUCUACGGACAACUCUCACUUUACUAUUUUGUGGUAGCUGAUAUUUAGAUUUGCUGUUGACAUGAAGUAGAUGAUUUCUUUGAUGUUUUUGAUUUUGACUUUUCAUAACAUGAAUGUAUUUGCAUGUGGGA